AUGUCCCCAGCCCCAGGUCCGCACCGCCCCGCACCGCCUCCCUUCCCCGGGCCGGGAUGGGACAGCGCCGAGGGGCGCCCGGGCAGACCGGCGGGGAGGCGGACGGCGGCGAUGCCGGCAACCCGCCCGCCUCCCUUCUCCCCCCCGCCUCGGCAGCCCGGCUCUCCCGCCGCCGGGCCCGGCGCGGCGGGGAGGAGCUCUCCCCGGGCCCCCGCGGAGCAGGGCUCUCUAGAUAGCGUGUGUACUGGGAUGGAUGCUGAGCUGCAGCUGUGCUCGUGCCCUCCCUCCCCAUGCAGUCGAAGGGAGCACGUGUGCCUCUUCCUGGGCACAGAGUCUGCGUGUGUGGAACCCGUGGCACGGUGGGGAAAGAAAGGCUUUGUGCCCCAUGAAACUCCAGGUAGAGGUGGGUCUCAGAGCUCGGAUUCGGAUUCAUCUGCCACACCAGGAAAUGCCGUGGACGUGAAUAACGAAGGUUCCUCUGAGGGCUUCAUCUGUCCACUAUGUAUGAAAGUGUGUGUAACUCCCACUGAUCUGUCUGAACAUUACCAGAAUGAGCACACUGGGACAGAAAGAAGACAGGAGCUUCGUGACCUCCCAGCUGUUACUGGAUUUAUUUGUCCUCUGUGUAUGAAGUCUCAUGGAUCGGCUGAGGAGCUGUUCAAGCACUAUGAAGCAGUUCAUAAUUCUGGCAUUGAUUCAACUCAUGGAGGGGAAGGUCAUCUGUCACCGGAAAGAGAUGAAGUAUCACUGCUCCGACAAGAAGUCCAAGACUUGCAAGCUUCACUGAAGGAGGAGAGGUGGUAUUCAGAAGAGCUGAAGAAGGAACUAGAGAAAUUGCAGGGGCAGCGGCAGCAAGAUUCUAAGUCUGAUGGAUUGACAACGGCUACAUCUACAGAAUCAUUAGAACGGCAACUAGAAGAGAUCCAAGUAGAAAAUUUUAACAUUAAGCAAAUGAAAGACUUAUUUGAGCAAAAAGCAGCACAACUGGCCACUGAAAUUGUGGAUCUUAAAUCAAAGUACGAUGAAGAAAUCAGCCUUCGGGAAGGUGCAGAACAGAAAGUGACAAACUUGACACAAGAACUGCAGAAGGAGAGAAGUACAGUGGAAGACUUAAAGACAGAACUGCUCCAAAGGCCUGGUGUGGAAGAUGUAGCUGUCCUGAAAAAGGAGCUGGUCCAAGUUCAGACACUGAUGGACAAAAUGACACUGGAACGGGAGAGAGAAUCUGAAAAACUGAAAGAUGAGUGCAAGCACUUGCAGGCAGAGCAGGCUAACUCGGAGGCUACCAUUAACCAGUUAAGAGCUGAACUUGCCAAAGGACCUCAGGAGGUAGCAGUGUAUGUUCAGGAGCUGCAGAAACUUCAAAGUUCAGUCAAAGAGCUAGAACAGAAAAACCAGAGUCUGUCUGAGAAGCUGCUGAAGAAAGAACAGGACUAUAUCCAGCUAGAAGAAAAACAUAAUGAGGUAUCUGUGAGUAGGAAGAACGUGCAGGCAAGCUUUCACCAGAAAGACCUGGACUGCCAACAGCUUCAGGCAAAGCUGUCUGCAUCUGAAGCCUCUGUACAGAGGUUACAGACAGAGCUAGGUGAGAAGGGGGAAGCAAGCCAGAAACUUAAAGAAGAGUUGUCCGAAGUAGAGACCAAGUACCAGCAUCUCAAGGCGGAAUGUAAACAGCUCCAGCAGCAGAGGGAGGAAAAAGAGCAGCACGGCCUGCAGCUCCAAAGCGAACUCAGUCAGUUGCACAGUAAACUGCUAGAAACAGAGCGCCAGCUAGGGGAAGCACAUGGGCGGCUGAAGGAACAGAGGCAGCUGUCUAGUGAGAAACUGAUGGACAAAGAGCAGCAGGUGGCUGAUCUGCAAUUAAAACUUUCUCGUGCUGAAGAGCAGCUAAAGGAAAAAGCAGUAAAUUCUACAGAAUUGCAGCAUCAAUUAGAUAAGGCAAAACAGCAGCACCAGGAACAGCAGACACUUCAGCAAAAUACUACAGCAAAACUACGAGAAGCCCAGAAUGAUUUGGAGCAAGUACUACGACAAAUUGGAGAUAAGGACCAAAAAAUUCAAAAUCUUGAGGCAUUGCUUCAAAAAAGCAAGGAAAACAUCUCUCUGCUAGAAAAGGAAAGAGAGGACCUCUAUGCAAAAAUUCAAGCUGGUGAAGGAGAAACUGCAGUUCUUAACCAGCUGCAAGAGAAAAACCAUGCAUUGCAACUACAGGUAACCCAGCUGACAGAAAAGCUAAAGAAUCAAUCAGAAAGUCAUAAACAAGCCCAAGAGAAUUUGCACGAGCAAGUGCAGGAGCAAAAGGCACAUCUAAGAGCUGCUCAGGACCGUGUGCUUUCCCUGGAAGCAAAUAUUACUGAACUAACCAGCCAGCUAAAUGAAAGUAAAGAGAAAGUAUCACAACUUGAUGUGCAGGUAAAAGCAAAGACUGAAUUGCUACUUUCAGCAGAAGCAUCGAAAGCUGCUCAGAGAGCAGAUCUUCAAAAUCAUCUGGACACUGCCCAGCAUGCACUGCAAGAUAAGCAACAGGAGUUAAAUAAGGUCAGCGUUCAGUUGGAUCAGGUUACGGCUAAGCUGAAUGACAAGCAGGAAUAUUGUGCUCAGCUGGAAGGCAAUCUUAAGGAGUACAAAGAGAAACGUCUUCAUUUGGAACAGAAAACUGAAGAGCUAGAGGGACAGCUUAAGAAACUUGAAGCUGACAUCGUUGAUGCUAAAGCAAGCAAAGAACAAGCUCUUCAGGAGUUACAGCAGCAGCGACAGCAAUAUACAGAAUUAGACCUCCGAACAGCAGAACUGAGUAAACAGCUUGAAGCGGCGAGAGAAGCGAUGUCUAGUGCUAAAUUGGAUUUACAGAAGAAAUCGGAGGCCCUUGAACAAGCAAAGCAGCAAAUUUCAAAGCAGGAGGAGGAAAAGGCUAGCCUCAAACAAAACCUUGAGAAAUCAAAUCAAGAUACAAGUAAACAACUCAAGGAACUAGACUGUAAAAUGCAAGCAGCAACAUCAGAGCUGCAACAAGUGAAAUUAGAGAAGGAUAAUCUAUUCAAGGACCUUACAGCUACCAAAGACAAGCUCUCAAAAAGUUCGGAAUCCUUCAAAAAAAGAAAGGAAGAAUUAGAAAAAGAAAUACAAAAAGGAAAAGAAGCUGUGGCAGAAAUGGAAAAAUCUUGCCAAGAGGUAAAACACCAGCUCCAGGUACAAACAGAGACUGUGGCUAAAGAAAGGAAUGAAUUGAAAAACUCACUGGAAAAAAAAGAGGGGAUUUCUAAGCAGUUGUCGAUAGAACUUGAUUCAGCACGAGCCCAAGUGCUGGAAAUUCAGGGUCUUCUGAAAGAGAAGGAAAAAAGCGAGCAACAUCUCCAGGGAAAGCUGAGAGAGUUAAAGGAGUCUUUUGAGCAGAAGAAAAAACAUAGUGAGACACUGCAAGCUGAAUUAAAAACUGCCCUUCUAGAAAAGGCAGAACUGGAGAAUAAGCUGCAACAGCAGUCUAUUUUAUCAGCACAGGAGCUUAAAGCAGAGAAAGUCAAGCUAGCAGACUUACAGAAGACCUAUGAAAAACAUAAGGAAAACAUGGAGAAGCUGCAGCUGGAUGUUUAUGGGAAAGAGUCUGAGCUGCUGGCAACCAGGCAAGACCUUAAGUCCGCAGAAGAGAAACUUGCCCUAGCUCAAGAAGAAUUAGUUUCCAGCAGAAAUCGAAUUGCUAGCAAUAAUCAGCAGAUUCAGGAACUGAAGAAAGCAAAGUCUACACUGGAGCAGGAUGCAUCAAAGAAGGAGCAGCAGCUGGCUGAGAAGACCAAAAUGUUGCAGGAUCUUCAGAAUGACAGGAUUUUGAAAGAAAAAGACUUGGCUAAUGAAAAAUGUAAAACAACAGAGCUCCAGGAAAUAAGGAGUAGACUUGAAAAAGAAAGUGCCAAGCUGGGUGAAGAGCUUAGAGCCUGCAAGCAAGAAUUUGAGAAGGAGGUGGCAAAUCUCAAGGAUGCAAAACAGCUGUUGAUUCAACAGAAAUUAGAGCUGCAGGGCAAAAUAGAUAAGAUGAAUUCAGGUCUGGAACAGGAGAAGAAAAACCAUCAAGCUGUCAAAGAUGAGCUGAAAAAGAGAGAAGAGGAGCUGAAGAAAGAAUGUGCUGAAAUUGAAGCUAAACUGCACACAGAGAAAAAAGAGAAAGAAGAAGAAAACCGGAAGCAUGAGGAAAAGGAGACCAAGCUCACCAUGCAGGUCACAGCUCUGAAUGAAAACCUGGCUACCAUGAAGAAAGAGUGGCAGAGCAGUCAGAGGAGGGUGAGUGAGCUGGAGAAGCAGACGGAUGAUUUACGUGGAGACAUUGCCGUCUUGGAAGCAACAGUGCAGAAUAAUCAGGAUGAGAGAAGAGCGUUGCUGGAGAGGUGUAUAAAAAGUGAGGGAGAAAUUGAAAAGCUUCAAGCCAAACUUGUAGAAAUGAAGAAAAAGCUGGACAACACUACUGCUGCAAUGCAGGAACUUGGCCGAGAAAACCAGUCAUUACAGAUCAAACAAACCCAAGCUCUCAACAGGAAAUGGGCAGAAGACAAUGACGUACAGAAUUGUAUGGCCUGUGGAAAAGGCUUUUCGGUGACAGUGAGAAGGCAUCACUGUAGACAGUGUGGAAAUAUCUUUUGUGCCGAGUGCUCAGCAAAGAAUGCCUUAACUCCUUCUUCUAAGAAGCCUGUCCGAGUCUGUGAUACUUGCUUUAAUGACUUGCAAGGAUAACUGGCUAUCGUGAGUGACAAAGAAAUGUUACACUAAAACUUGUAAUUUCUGUUGAUGCACUUCGUUCAGCACUCAGACUACUAUUCAGUUUGGACAAUGAUUGUAACACUUGGCAAAAUUUAGUAUAUUUUAAAAUGUUUAUUGAUACCAAGUAAAACUAUUGUAUUUUUUGUGAGACAUGGGCUCAGAUCAUCCAUAGCUUAUUGCCAUUUAUCCUGGAAAGAGCUUCUAUGUCUAGUUUAGAAAUACCCAGUUAUUUGUAAAUAAAGUUUAAACAGAGGAGUAACAAUGUAUUUUUUUAUCUUUUAUUUUUUUGUUCAAGAGAAACAGCGUUUAUGUGAUAUUGCAGUUUAUUCUUGUUUCCUUCAAAGGAAAAGGAAGAUGCAAAAACUUGUGAGGAUUUUAUGUAUCAAAUGUUGCCAUAAAAGCAUAACUAAUUGUUGCAUUUGAUUGCAUAUCUGAUGUUCUUUAUAACCCCUUGUGGUUUUGUUUUUUCUAUCUCUGGUUCUUGGCCUUUUCUGUCUAAAGUUCAAACUCCACAGUGUGGGUAACAGCUGGAGUCGACUCCAACUCAGUUUUAUUUGCCCACUUAUAACUUGUUGUAGUAUCAGCACCCGAGUCCUUACCCAAGUACAGCACUUGGAUACUGGAACAUCUUUACACAUACUGUAUUGUAUAGUUUGUGUGUGGGUCUGAGAGAGAGUAUGUGUGAACAAGCGAUGAGACAAAGUUUAGCUGGCGCUGUAGGAAUAUUACAUGAUACAUUACAAUAUUCCAUCCCAUAUUGAUUGAUUUUACUUCUACAUAUUCGGCUGAUGGAUUUUAAUAUUCCAGAAACACUUAUAUGUGGGUUUUAAAAAUCAAAAAAUCAACACUGGUAGUAGCCUGUAGCACCUCUUUCCCCUGCCUGUACUCUGGAAACCCUGAGAGGUCCUUGUGGUUCUAAGGGACAUCCAGACCUUCCAUGCUAGGUGUCCUACUAAGAAGUCGUCUUUUUUGAGACUGAUCCAGUUUAUCUGAUCUUUUCUUCUGUCCCUUCCCUCAGCUUUUGGUGGGAAAAGCUGAAGUCGUGCUACACCUAAAAAACUUCAGUUUUCCAUUGCUCCAUCUGAUGCCCGUUACCGGGUUAGAUAUUUAUUCAUAUUUUCUUUUUUGUACUUGCAACAGAGGUUUCUUGUAGAGUUCAUGUAGGCUACAAACUUCUUUUUUGUUGUGAUUUUAUUUACACCUGUUUGUUCUUGGCUGCCUGUUUCUAACUUUUCUUCCCUUUGUAUCUGGUAUUUCAAAAUUGUUAAGGUUAUUUCUUCUGAGUAGGGGUUAUGCCUUCUGAUAUCUAGGGACCCUUUGUCUUAAAUACCCUAAUAAAUUCCCCACACCUCGAGCCCUUCUGCAUCUUAACAAAUUUUGCCAGCUGUUCAGAGAAAAGGACUGUGUCCUGAAUUCCUCUAUUUCUUCCUGAGGUAAGGAGAGAAAAUCUGUCACAGUGAUGGAAGCUUAGCCAUCGUUACGCAGGUUUGUUUGCUUUUAUCUACUGACAGCUCUAUAUGGGAAUGAAGAAGAGCCUCUUUUAUGAAAAAUGUCUAGUCCUGAUGAACUCUCAAGUGAAAGAACUUCUUAAUGCCACUUCUCCAGAAGUAGUCAUCUAUAUGUUUCAUGUCCCUUCCUAGCUUACCCAUCUAGUUUCACAUUUGCAGUCUCAAGGAGUCUUCCUCAAGGAGUUUUCUUAAAACUAAAUUCUUAUUUCCCAAAAGCCAGCUGAAUUGUGUAACUGGUUCUCCUCGCUGUAAAAAGGUUUGGGAUACAACCGUACUUUGUGUGAAAUACUGACCUGCUUUUCUGGCUCGAACUUGAGGGGUGCUUAUUCAAAAGAAACAAUUGCUGCAAUGGUUCCAUAUGAACAGAGGCUCUGGACUCACUGUUUCUCCUUGUCAGUGUAACUGUUUGUCAUAAGAAUAUUUUGAAUAGAAAAUACAAACAGAA